CAUCGUGCAACUGCUUCCUCGUCAUUUUAUCAAAUUGCGUAUAGACUAGUAAAAAUUGUGUCAAUGGUCAAAAUCAUAAUUGUCGUAAUCAUGAAUCUAAUUUAUAAUCGUUUUUGCAUGACUGAAGUCACUCGAUAUUCUUUUCUUUUUUUUCUAAACAUCCUUUUCCCGUCAUACUACGUGUUUUCUACACGCAAGCAUAACCUAUACUGUUAUACCGUAAUAACCUCACAUACGGAAACACGAGAAGAGACUGAGAAUUUAGAUACAUUUGCCAAAUUGUAUAGGAGAAGAAGGUGCAGUUUCACUCACUCAUAAGAAUAUCGAUGUAACAUUAGCAAAGAAUGAACUGGUAUUUAUCAACUUUUACGCACAAUGGUGUCGCUUCAGUAACUUAUUAGCCCCGUUAUUUGAUAAAGCUGCGGAUAAGAUCAGAGAAGAAUUUCCACAACCAGGAAAAGUAGUAAUGGCCAAAGUUGACUGUGACCAAGAAUCUGGUGUAGCUGCCAGGUUUCACAUAAGCAAGUAUCCAACGUUAAAAGUAAUAAGGAAUGGUCAACCAUCUAAGAGAGAAUAUAGGGGACAGCGAUCAGUGGAAGCAUUUCAAGAAUUUAUCAGAAAACAACUGGAGGAUCCUAUCAGAGAAUUCUUUGAUUUGAGAGAGCUUAAUGAACUCGACGAUAAAAAGCGUAUGAUUAUAGGAUACUUUGACAAAAAAGAUAUAGCGGAGUACGAAUUGUUCAGGAAAGUUGCCACCAAUUUGAAAGACGAUUGCCAAUUUCAUGUUGGUUUUGGCACAUGCUCCGAUCAAAACUGUGAAAUUGGACAGCAUUUUCAUUUGCUGAAUGCAAGUAAAGCAUUGCAUCCUCCAGGAGAGGCUAUCAUUGUCUUCCGGUCGGAUAAGGCCUUAUCCAACGACGAAGACGAAACAUACAAUGGAAGUUUGAGCAAUUACGACGAGUUAAACGUGUGGGCGCAAGAAAAGUGUGUGCCUCCUGUAAGAGAAAUAACGUUUGAAAAUGCAGAGGAAUUAACGGAAGAAGGCCUGCCGUUCCUUAUACUAUUUCAUACUCCCGAUGACGUAGAAAGCGUCAAGCUGUACAAAGAUAUCGUAACUAGAACAUUGAUAAGCGAGAAACAGAACAUCAAUUUCUUAACUGCCGAUGGCUUGAAGUUUGCACAUCCGCUGCACCAUUUAGGAAAAAGCCCAGCAGACUUGCCUUUGAUCGCAAUAGAUAGCUUUAGGCACAUGUAUAUGUUCAAGGAUUUCAAAGACAUUCACGUGGAAGGGAAACUCAAAGAUUUCUUGCAGGACUUGUACUCCGGGAAGCUUCAUCGCGAGUUUCAUUAUGGUCCUGACAUUCCUAAUGAUGUGCUACAACUUACGGGGAAACAGCUUACAACACCACCGGAAUCUACGUUCAAAAAGUUGGCGCCAAGCAAAAAUAGGUAUACGUUACUUCGAGAUGAAUUGUAACGGAAUAAAUUGACUAUAACACGUGGUGUGAUGGAGAUUCUCGUAAUUAAUUACUAUAUAGAGUUUACUAAUAAAUUAGAACGAAUUAAUUAUAAUCGGAAUUGGUAAACGAGUAAAUUUUUCAACAUUCGAUAUACAAACA